AUGGCCACCGCAGUGCGCGCCCUCGUCGCCGCACGCCCGGUGCGGCCUCUCCUCCCGUCACGGCGCCUUCCGUCCUCCUCUUCCAUCCGUCCCCCCCGGCAACGUGGCGGCGUUGGGUCCGUCCGCUGCAUGGCGCGGCGGCCGGAUUCCUCAUAUUCCCCGCUGCGGUCGGGUCAGGGUGGUGACCGUGCGCCGACGGAGAUGGCGCCUCUGUUCCCUGGCUGCGACUACGAGCACUGGCUUAUCGUCAUGGACAAGCCCGGCGGCGAGGGCGCCACUAAGCAGCAAAUGAUCGAUUGCUACAUCCAGACCCUUGCCCAGGUGGUAGGGAGCGAGGAGGAGGCAAAGAAGAAGAUAUACAACGUAUCCUGCGAGCGCUAUUUUGGAUUCGGAUGUGAAAUUGAUGAAGAGACCUCCAACAAACUCGAAGGCCUUCCAGGGGUUCUAUUUGUGCUUCCUGACUCUUAUGUUGAUGCUGAGAACAAGGAUUAUGGUGCGAUCGCCAGAAAGGCAGAGAAGGGUGGAGCCAGUGCCUCAGAGAGCUCAAGAUCGACCCCGAUUCAGGUGUGCUGCCGGGCUCACGGUGAAGGCUCGGAGGCCGCUGCCCAUGAAGAGCGUCUUCGACUCCGUCGGAGAGAUUUCAUCGGCACCUGCGUCGGGACAGCCAUUGGUUUGGAAUUGAUCGACGGCUCUACGAGAUUCUUUGGAGUGGCUACUGCAGCUGAUCUCAUUGAGCGUAGACAACGGUCAGAGUUCCAAUCAAAAAUCAAAGAUACCCUCUACGUAGCCAUAAAGGCUAAGCCAGAGCUCGUUCCAUCAUUGUUGACCUUGGCACUGAAUGAUGCCAUCACAUAUGACAAGGCCACAAAAACUGGAGGUGCAAAUGGAUCUAUCAGGCUAGAAACAAGCAGACCUGAAAACAGUGAGCUCUCUGCUGCAUUGGAUUUGCUGACUGAAGCCAAAAAGGAGAUAGAUUCCUUUUCCAAGGGAGGUCCCAUUUCAUUUGCAGAUCUGAUCCAGUUUGCAGCACAAUCAGCACUGAAGAGAUCUUUUCUUGACGCGGCCAUUGCUAAAUGUGGUGGAAAUGAAGAGAAGGGAAGAACCCUAUACUCUGCAUAUGGUUCAAAUGGGCAGUGGGGUCUGUUCGAUAGAACAUUCGGGAGAGCAGAUGCACAGGAAGCAGAUCCAGAGGGAAGAGUGCCUGAGUGGAGCAAAGCUUCUGUGCAGGAGAUGAAGGAUAGGUUCGUCUCUGUUGGGUUGGGUCCUCGCCAGCUUGCUGUUAUGUCAGCAUUCCUUGGACCUGACCAGGCUGCUACAGAGGAGCGACUGAUAGCUGAUCCGGGUUGCCGUCCAUGGGUGGAGAAGUACCAGCGGAGCCGCGAGACUGUCUCCCGGACUGACUAUGAAGUUGACCUGAUAACCACACUCACAAAGCUGAACUCCCUUGGCCAGAACAUAAACUAUGAAGCCUACACAUACCCUAAGCAAAAGAUUGACCUGGGCAAAUUGAAACUGUAA